AUGACCACCGAGUCUACUCUAGAUAUCAUGAAAAAGCUUAGCAUCAGCGAUGCGCUGAGCAUGAGAAACAGAUACCCGCAAAACAGUCUUUUACGGGCUUGUUAUGAUGAGCGCAUCAACCCAGUGUCAUACCUUCAAGAUACAUUUGACUAUGUGAUAACGCUGAUGGCGGCUAUGUUGGAUACUGGAUGCAUUAUAUUUGGCGCCAGAGCGCUACCAUUCUUCGUUCCUGAUUCUGUACCCUCUAAUGCUCCCUGGAAGUUUGGCGUCUCAGGGUAUAAGGAGUCGGUCGCGGACAUGGUCAAUGCUCUCGAGAUUUGCGGAGUGGACUGGAAUACAAUUGCAAAGAAUAUUGCUUCAGAUUUGUCUCAUCACGGCAAAGCGACUAUCAGCCGGCGAAUGUUGGAGAACUUGGCCACAUGGGUGACCAGUCUCGGCAGCAAAACUGCUUCUCUCAUCUUGGGAAAAAGGCUUUAUAAUAUCGUCGAUGCGUACGACCAGAUGAAAGAAGAAGCGUCCCGAGAUAUUAAAGGAUUUGAGCUAAGGCUAGACAAGAAUAAUCGUAUUCGUUUCAUUCCGACUGCAGAUGUAUGGGCUCGGGAAAACGAAGAGAUUGCUUAUAACGAUGCUCAUGGGAGAUCUUGUAGCAUCCUCCAUGGCAGAAUUAAGACUAAAAGAGGCUACGAAAAAGUGCAAUUGAUCAUUGGAUCUCAUAUCAAUGGAAUCAAGAGCUGCAUGGCUUUCGUCAAAGAUUUCUAUGCCAGCCAUGUACAGUGCUUUAUCGGAGGCUGGUGCGCCAGCCAUCUUUACUAUAAGCAAACCAGCUUGAAGCAAGCAAAAAUAUGGAGAGACGCUUCCGCCACAAAGGAUCCCAAGAUCGUUCGCGCUGUAGAGAAGUACAAAAAGAAGGGAUUCGAAUUCUCAGAAGCUGGACGUUCCGGGAUCAAAAUCCGAUCUUUAAAUGACGAGGAUGCUCUGUUGAUCGAGUAUGGCAAGAUGUAUCGCCAAUUCAUAGCCCAAUACCGCUAUCCCAUGCUAAGUGAUAUGUUGAACGAGAGGCGUGAGAAUAUCUCUGGCAUUUCGUGGACAGAGUUUGACGGCCGUAUUGUCAGCUUUCAGAGUGCCUUGGGAAGUUAUUUCCGCACCAAAAAGGUCACUUUUGCGGGCUCAGAGCUACCAAUGUCGAGUCGCCGCCGCCUCGGCAAUAUGAUUGCAGCCGGUGUAAAAGCUCCUGGCAAGCUCAGAUCUGCGGAAUAUUGCAGCUCAGUGAAAGAGAGGGAGCGUAUGAAUGAGCUGAUGAAAGGGUGGGCAAUGCACGUUGUGGCAACAUCUGGCACGACUAGGUGCUACUUGCAAGAUGCAACGUUGUGGGCAUGGACACUAUAG